AUGAGUGAAAAUGCGGACGGAAGCCGCUUUGAGGUUAGGGAGAUUAUAAAAGGAAGUGAUGAAAACAGUUCAGAGGAAUGGGCUGAAGAUGGAGACUCAUGGUCUGAAAUUGACGGGGAGGAGGGUAAGAAGGCGAAUGAACGAAGCAAACGAAGCGCAAGCGCGGGGCGUGAAAAAAGUAAGAGGGGAAGGCCGGCAAAGGAUGGAAAAGUGGCGCGAGAUUUCAAAAGAGGGGAAAUGAAAGGAGCUAUGGAAAAAUAUAUAACGGGAUUCAAAACGAGCUAUGAAAUUAAAAGAACGCCAUUAAAGGGAACAGGUGUAGAAAGAAGGGUAGAGCAACAAGAAAGUGAAAGGAAUAGAAAUGAGGAGGGAGGAAAGACUAACGUUAAUGAUGAAAAAGAUAAAAUAAAUGAUGACGAAACAGUGAAGACAAGGGAAAUGGAGAAGAAAAAAGCAGAAGAAUCUAAAGGAAGCGACACAGUAGCAAGAAAUCAAAGUGCAGGAGAAAGUGAUGGUGACGCAGGAGAAGAGCCGUGGGAAAGAAAAUUGGAGCAGAUGAGAAAAAUAAUGAUUGAGAGGCAGGAGGAGGUCCUAGAAGGCAUCUAUAAAAAGUUAAGUAAAGUAACAGAGUGCAGGUGCAAAUGCGUGGAAGUGAGGAAAGAGGAUGAAAAAAAAAUGAGAAGAGAGUUAGAGUUUUGCAGGGACGGAAUUGUAAAGAGAGAGAAAAUGUUAAUGGAUAAAGAAGCAGAAAUAGAAAGAUUAACGGAAACUCUGAAAAUAGAAACAGAUAUGAAGCAUGAACUAGAAGAGAAUCUAAGGAAGGAGAAAGAAAAAAGAAGAAGUGAUAAAAGGGACAGAGGCAAGGAAGAAGAUAAAGAAAAAUAUAGAAAAUGGAAAGAGGUAAUGAUGGAAAUGGAAAAAAGGUUGAAAAUAAGAAUACUAAGAAGAAAUACGACCUUAAUAAGAAGGGGACAGAUAAGAGUAGAAUGCACGAACAUGAGAGAGAAGAAAGAAAUAAUGGAAAAUAGAAGAAUAAUGAAGGGAACGGGAAUAUGGAUAAUGGAAGAGAAGACUAAGAGAGAGAGGGAUGUUGAACUGUGGAUAAGGAAGAUAGCAAAGCUGGAGCAGUACAAUGGAAGUGAGGUGGAGAUAGACGAAAAGAGGCUAAAGAUUGAAGGAAACUGGAAAAGCUGGAACGAGAAAAAGGGAGAUUUGGUGGAUUGA